GCGUGGGCCUAAGAUUUCAUCAUUCCACGCCGAGUUUGCGGAAAGUUCUUCAAAUUUGACUUCAAACUUCAAACUUCAAACGAAAGUACCGCCAACGACAGUCGUUGCCGCUUCACCUCGCUGUCCCCGCCUAUAAAGCAAUCCCAAUCCGAACGGCCGGCCUUCUCUCUGAAUUGAACUCUCCGCCCCUCUCUCUCGAUUUCUCUCUUAUAGCAUCUGUAAAGGACUUCCGCAAGGGUUUCAGACAUGGCUUCUACGGAUCCGAAGCAAGGCGGUGGGUUUUUCUCUUCCAUCGCUACCAGUUUGACGAAUUUCGGUACCGCCAUGACCAAAUCAGUCAACGGGAUACUGGGUUAUGAAGGGCUGGAAGUUGUUAAUCCGGAUGGAGGCACCGAAGAUGCUGAAGAAGAAGCAAAAAGAGGUAGAUGGAAACAUGAGGAUCGGGAUGGUCACUGGAAAAUGAUGCAAAACUAUGUAGGCUCUGAUGUCACAUCAUUGGUGACACUUCCCGUACUUAUAUUUGAGCCAAUGUCAAUGUUGCAGAAGAUGGCAGAGCUUAUGGAAUACUCCUAUCUGCUAGAUCUGGCAGAUGAAUGCGAGGAUCCCUACAUGCGAUUGGUGUAUGCAACAUCAUGGUUUAUAUCUGUCUACUAUGCACUCCAGCGAACUUGGAAGCCAUUUAAUCCCAUCCUUGGGGAGACUUAUGAAAUGGUUAAUCAUGGUGGCAUUACAUUUAUAGCAGAACAGGUUUGUCAUCACCCUCCAAUGAGUGCUGGACAUGCUGAGAAUGAACAUUUUAUUUAUGACAUAACUUCGAAGGUGAAAACCAAAUUUUUAGGGAACUCAGUCGAUGUCUAUCCUCUUGGAAGGACACGAGUGACACUCAAAAGAGAUGGUGUAGUUCUGGGUCUGGUGCCUCCUCCAACAAAAGUGAACAAUUUAAUCUUUGGCAGAACUUGGGUUGACUCACCAGGGGAGAUGAUCUUGACAAAUUUUACCACCGGAGACAAAGUCGUGCUGUAUUUUCAACCAUGUGGCUGGUUUGGAGCUGGUCGCUACGAAGUGGAUGGGUAUGUAUAUAAUGCUGCUGAGGAGCCGAAGAUUUUGAUGACUGGAAAGUGGAAUGAGUCAAUGAGUUAUCAACCUUGUGACUUGGAAGGGGAGCCACUUCCUGGCACCGAACUGAAAGAGGUAUGGAGAGUUGCCAAUGCUCCAGAAAAAGACAGAUUCCAGUAUACACAUUUUGCACACAAGCUAAACAGCUUUGACACUGCUCCCAAGAAGCUAUUGGCAUCAGAUUCUCGUCUGCGUCCUGAUAGACAUGCACUUGAGAAGGGAGACCUAUCCCAAGCCAGUUUUGAAAAGAGCAAGCUGGAGGAGAGGCAGAGGAGUGAAAAGAGAAACCGAGAGGCUAAUGGCCAUGAGUUCACUCCAAGAUGGUUUGACUUUACAAAUGAAGUCACUCCUACACCAUGGGGUGACUUGGAAGUGUACAGCUACAAUGGCAAAUACACUGAACACCGGGCUGCCGUAGAUGAUAGUUCAGAUGGCAUCCAAGAGACCAACAUUACACCAGCAGAGUUUAACCCCUGGCAAUACGAAAAUUUCGCCUCAGAAUGAUUGGUGUAUACAUCAUAUGUAUUCUUUUUAUUUUUAUUUUUAUUUCCAUCUUUAUUUUUCUCUAUGGGCUAUUUGUAUCAUAAGUAUUCUUAGGUGUGCUUAGCAACUGCUAAUGUUAUGUUCGUACUCCUUAAAUUUGAUACGCAGUUUUGUUUGUUCAAA